CAAUUUGGUUUCAUUAAAUUAUAGCACUUUUUUAUUUAGCUACCGAAUUUACCAAUUGAAGUACACUGUAGCUGAAUUAAAGAAAUUUUUAAAUGAAGUAGAACAUAAAUUAGUUGAAUGAUCAAUUACAGUUUUAAGAAUCCUAGGACAGUUAGAACAUCUUAAGAAAAAGAUCCCGCUCCAGUAGCACCAGCCUCCAAGAAUAUGCCUCCUCCCUUAACUCCAUGGGAGUUUUGGCGACAGACUCUAAAUUCACCAAAAUAUAUUUUGGCUCCUAUGGUGGAUGCUUCUGAACUGCCAUGGCGAUUACUGAGUCGCAAAUACGGAACCCAACUAGCCUACACUCCCAUGAUGAAUGCUGGAAUCUUUAUCCGAGAACCUCGUUACCGUCGCGAACAUCUUGAAUCUUGCACGGAAGAUAGACCACUUAUUGCCCAAUUUUGCGCUAACGAUACCGACAUCUUCUUGAAAGCCGCGAAAAUGGCAGAACAACAUUGUGAUGCUAUUGAUUUGAAUCUCGGCUGUCCACAGAGCAUUGCAAAGAAAGGUCAUUACGGUGCUUUUCUUCAAGACGAAUGGGAUCUGAUAAGUAAAAUGGUGAAAUUAAUCCAUCGUGAGUUGAGCAUACCAAUAACAUGCAAGGUACGAGUAUUUCCGGACAUAAAUAAAUCGAUCGCAUACGCCAAAAUGCUCGAAGAGUCGGGAUGUUACGCAUUGACCGUUCACGGCCGCACUCGGGAACAGAAAGGCCCUCUCACUGGUUUGGCCAGCUGGAAACACAUUCAAGCCGUUAAAGCUGCUGUUAACAUUCCCGUGAUAGCGAAUGGAAAUAUUCAGUACUGGUCUGAUGUAGAAAGGUGUCUUGAAAGUACGGGAGCUGACGCUGUGAUGGUAGCCGAAGGAAACUUAACAAACCCAGCUCUUUUCGCCAAUCUUCAACCGCUAGUCUGGGACAUGGGUAAAGAAUACCUCGAUCUCGUUGAACGAUUCCCCUGCCCCAUGUCUUAUGCUCGUGGUCACCUCUUCAAAAUUUUUAAUCAUUGUUUAACGUUGGAAGAGUGUUUUCCUCUUCGUGAAGCCCUAGUGCAAGGAAUGAAUCUUGAAGAUUUUAAAACAGUAGUGGCGGAUUUAGAAAAACAUUUCACACCGUAUCAUCAGGGGGUAAAAGCUUGGGCACCCCCGACUGACCAUCCUACCUCCCGACUACCCUUGCCGCCCUGGCAUUGCCAACCCUACGUUCGACCGUCGCCAGAAGAACACUUGAAAAAAAUUCAGCUGAUAAUGGCAGAUGAGGCUAAAAGGAAACGUGAAGACAACGAUAACGGCGAAGAGAAAUCCGAAGGCACCCUUUCGAAAAACAAGAUGAAAAAACUCGCACGACUAGCCAGAAAUCCCAAGAAACAAGCGCGACUUGCGAAGCAAGCAGCCUUUCUAACGUGCAACCAGUGCUCAAAUCUGCCUGGAGUUAAGUGCGAGCACAAACUGUGCAGGACUUGUUGCAAGAAGAAGUGUGAAACUGAAAAUCUGACUUGUGAGGGGCACACAGGAACUACUGUAAAGCGACGAGAAAAAAACCUUAAUGGGGAACUUAAACAACUGACGGAAGAGACGAACAUUUCAAAUGACGUCAGCAACUCUCCGACUUCGGUUCUGGUUUGACACACAACAGGGCAAAAUUUCUCGGUGACAGUCUGCAAUCAAACAAUGGGAGAAGACAUCCGCACCAACCUAAGUUCAUAAAACAUUGUGUGAAUACAUUUUGCUCUGAAAAAUA